UUAUCUACUUGAAACGUUUCCAAUUGAGAUAAGGAAAUAAUUUAUUUUAAAAUAUCAAAGAUGAAUGAACAUUUGGUUAAUUAUUUUUAUGCUGCUUGGACGUUUUAUUACACUUUGAAACGUUUUAUUGAGUUUCAUAACAAGAGGAUAACAUAAAUUGCAAUAUUCUGAAUUUGCUUAUAAUUCUGUGUAGAAAAUAUGGAGGAUUUAUAUAAGUCAAGAUCAGAAAUUACAGAAGAAAUUUACAAAUCAUUACAAAAGAAAAUCAUGAUCUUAGAUGGUGCCAUGGGAACCAUGAUACAACAGUAUCAUUUACAAGAACAUCAUUAUAGAGGUAGCGAAUUUAUGGAUCAUCCAUCACCUUUAAAAGGAAAUAAUGAUCUUUUGACAUUAACUCGGCCUGAUAUUAUUUAUAAUAUACAUAAGAAAUAUCUUGAAGCUGGUGCAGAUAUCAUAGAAACGAAUACUUUCAGUAGUACUUCUAUUGCACAGGCUGACUAUAAGAUGGAGCAUUUGGUAUUUAUA